AUGGAGCGGCGGACCUGGGGGGAGGCGGAGGAGGGGGGAUUGGCAGCCACCAAUGGGUUUGCGCCAGCUCAGCUCAUCGGGGAAGGCGGGUUUGGGAAGGUCUACCGGGGAAGCAUCAGGGCGGAGUUGCUCGAGAGAGGAGAGAGAGGAGCAAGAGGAGGGAGUGGGGAGAGAGGAGAGAGAGGAGCAAGAGGAGGGAGUGGGGAGAGAGGAGAGAGAGGAGGGACAGGAGAGAGAGGAGAGGGAGGUGGAGAGAGAGGGGACAUGGACCAAGGCGCAAUGGGGCAAGGUGGGGUGGGACAGGGUGCUAUGGGGCAAGGAGCAAUGGUGCAGGUGGCAGUGAAGCAGCUGAGGGAGGAGUCGAAGCAGGGAGCAGAGGAGUUUCUGAGGGAGGUGCUCGUGCUGGGGCGACUGAAUCACGCGCACCUGGUGCUGCUGUGGGGGUACUGCGUGGACGGAGGGGCGUUUCUCGUGUAUGAGCUCAUGGAGGGGGGAAGCCUUGACUAUGCGCUCAUUGACAGGGCGUUCCUGGUGUACGAGGUCAUGGAGGGAGGGAAUCUUGACUACGCCUUGAUUGACAGGGGAGUCCGGCUGGACUACGCCAUAAUCGACAGUGCCAAGGGCGAGCUACAUUUCAGCUGGCCCAUGCGCCUCAAGGUGGCAGUGGAGGUGGCAGAGGCAUUAGUAUACAUGCACCGCUGUAACUUCAUCCAUCGAGACAUCAAAGCUGCCAACGUGCUUCUCAAGCCGGUGAGUGCUGAUUCUUGGGACUUUCUCAACCCUGAAUUUCUAGAUGCCUCCUCUACCCACUCUACUCCCUGA